AUGUUUCAGAAGUUCUUCGACACUUCCUCCGAUGAGAGCAUUAGGCUGCUUCUCUCCGCGGCGGUUGGCGUACUUUUCAUCUUCUGGUUCGUGCUAUUAUUCAUCGGAAAAACAAAGAAAAAAGGUCCUAAUUCACUGCCACCAGGCCCCAAAGGCUUGCCCCUUCUGGGAAACCUCUUGUCUCUUGAUCCUGAACUUCAUACAUACUUCACAACCCUAGCAAAAACUUAUGGUCCAAUUCUAACCCUGAAGCUAGGCAAAAAGAUUGGUGUAGUAAUCAGCUCACCAGAUUUGGCUAGGGAAGUACUUAAGGAUCAAGACACGACUUUCGCCAACCGGGACGUGCCGGUGGCCGCCAAAGAAGCGGCCUACGGCGGCUCAGACAUAGUCUGGACACCGUAUGGACCUGAAUGGAGAAUGUUGAGGAAAGUAUGCGUCCGAGAAAUGCUUGGUACUUCUUCUUUAGAUUCUGUAUACUCCCUGCGACGCAGCAAACUCCGGCAGACGAUUAAAUACUUGCAUAGCCAGGCCGGUUCACCGGUCAACAUUGGAGAGCAGAUGUUUCUGACUGUGCUGAAUGUGAUUACAAGCAUGUUGUGGGGUGGCACGAUCAAGGGCGAAGAUCGGGCCGGGCUUGGGGCAGAGUUUAGAGAAGUGGUUACAGAGAUGACAGGAUUGUUAGGGAUGCCUAAUUUAUCAGAUUUUUUUCCAAUUUUGCAGCGUUUUGAUCUGCAAGGAGUAGAGAAGAAGAUGAAGAUUUUGGCACAGAGAUUUGAUAGGAUAUUUGAGACCAUGAUCGAUCAACGGUUAAAAAUGGGAGAUAAUGGGGCAGAAAACAAAGAUUUUCUGCAGUUCCUUUUGCAGCUGAAGGAUGCUGGAGAUGCCAAAGUUCCUUUUACAAUGACACACCUCAAAUCCUUAUUAAUGGAUAUGGUUGUUGGAGGAACAGACACAACAUCAAACGCAGUCGAAUUUGCCUUGGCAGAAAUGAUAAACAAACCACAAGUUCUAAAUAAAGUCCGGCAAGAACUGGAGACUGUAGUAGGCAAAGACAACAUAGUAGAAGAAUCCCAUAUUAACAAAUUUCCAUAUCUCUAUGCUGUAAUGAAAGAAGCCCUUCGUCUACAUCCUACUCUUCCACUUUUAGUCCCCCACUGCCCUAGUGAAACCUGCACUGUUGGAGGAUACACAAUCCCCAAAGGGGCUCGAGUUUUCGUUAACGUGUGGGCAAUACACCAUGAUUCUACUAUCUGGGAAAACCCUUUGGAGUUUUCUCCUGAGAGAUUCUUGAAUGGAAAAUGGGAUUACAGUGGUAAUGACUUCAAAUAUUUUCCGUUUGGGUCGGGACGAAGAAUUUGUGCAGGGACAGCAAUGGCUGAGAGGAUGUUUAUGUAUUCACUGGCUUCAUUAGUUCAUUCUUUUGACUGGAGAUUGCCUGCUGGAGAAAGGUUGGAGCUUUCAGAAAAGUUUGGGAUUGUGUUAAAGAUGAGAAAUCCACUGGUUGCAAUUCCAAUCCCAAGAUUAUCUGGUCCUAAACUCUAUGACUAA